CCCCAGCAGCAGCAGCAAGCAGCAGCAGCAACACAGGCAAUGACUGUGCCGCAUAUGACUCGCCUGGCCGCUGGUGCCGGCUCCGGGGACGUGUCGUUGCCCUGAAGUUGCCCACCUGGAGGAGGUAAAAGCUGGGCUGCGGUCCCAGGGGGUCGGCGACGACAGCGGAGAGGAAGCAGCGGUCGCCUCCCCCAUCCCCACGCACCCUCCGUCCUCCGGGAGGGAGCCAGCGUUGCAGAAGAACGAGGCUGUAAAGGAGAGACUUUUUCUUCUUCCUUUUUAUUUUUUUUUCCUUUUUAUUUUUUCCGUUUUUCCUUCCUUGGGCGACAGUCCUUGCUUCUCGUGUUCCCUUCCUCGUAUCUGGGGGGGCUUCGGUACUGUGGCCAGGUCUGCUUCCUGCCCCCCCCACCCCCCGUUUUUUAAUGGAUGGAUUGUGGCAGCAGCUCCCUGCUGCAGGUUGUUGAGGAGCCGAUGGGGACUUGCAUCUCAGGAGCCGGAGGUGACUAAAGAAAUGCUGAAUUCGGUACUCUGCAAAACUAGCGUAUGGAUUUUUAGCACCUGAAGAACAAGAAAAGGUCUCAGAUUCUGGAUACUGUCUGUGGGAUUUUUUUUUAUUACUAUUUUUUUUUAUUAUCAUUUUUGAUUGGCUUUUUCCCCUUUCUCGGAUGUGAGUCGAAGGCCAACAGUCGAAGUGCUGGAAGCAAGUGCAGGAGGACGCUCACCUUGUUUUGUUUGAACCCUUGUUUGCUGGGAUACUUUCAAGCCCUCCUUCACAGUCAUGUGGUCAUCACAGCUGCUGUUCUUCACAAUGCUCUUAACACCGUUAGCCCAUGCUUUCAGCCGAGCCCCGGUCCCCAUGGCUGUGGUCCGAAGGGAGCUGUCCUGUGAGAGUUACCCCAUCGAGCUCCGCUGCCCGGGAACAGAUGUUAUCAUGAUUGAAAGUGCCAACUAUGGGAGGACUGACGAUAAAAUCUGUGACUCUGAUCCUGCUCAGAUGGAGAAUAUCCGCUGUUAUCUGCCAGAUGCCUAUAAGAUUAUGACUCAAAGAUGCAGUAAUCGGACCCAAUGUGCAGUUGUGGCUGGCCCUGAUGUGUUUCCAGACCCUUGCCCUGGGACAUAUAAAUACCUAGAAGUUCAGUACGAAUGUGUCCCUUACAUUUUUCUUUGCCCUGGAUUGCUAAAAGGAGUAUACCAGAGCGAACACUUAUUCGAAUCUGACCACCAGUCCGGUGCCUGGUGCAAAGACCCUCUGCAGGCAUCUGACAAGAUCUACUACAUGCCCUGGACACCAUACCGAACAGACACACUGACGGAGUACUCCUCCAAGGAUGACUUCAUUGCCGGGAGGCCAACCACAACCUACAAACUCCCACACCGAGUGGAUGGCACGGGAUUUGUGGUGUAUGAUGGGGCUUUGUUCUUCAACAAGGAGCGAACCCGAAACAUAGUCAAGUUUGACUUGCGGACAAGAAUAAAAAGUGGGGAGGCGAUCAUAGCUAAUGCAAAUUACCAUGACACCUCUCCCUACCGCUGGGGAGGCAAGUCUGAUAUAGACCUGGCUGUGGAUGAGAACGGGCUGUGGGUAAUCUAUGCAACAGAACAAAAUAAUGGCAAAAUAGUCAUUAGCCAGUUAAACCCUUACACAUUAAGGAUAGAAGGGACAUGGGAUACUGCCUAUGACAAGAGGUCAGCUUCUAACGCCUUCAUGAUUUGUGGGAUUUUAUAUGUGGUGAAGUCUGUGUAUGAAGAUGAUGACAAUGAGGCCACGGGGAAUAAAAUAGACUACAUAUAUAACACUGACCAAAGCAAGGAUAGCAUGGUGGAUGUGCCCUUUCCAAACUCCUAUCAGUACAUUGCUGCUGUGGAUUAUAAUCCCCGGGACAACCUCCUUUAUGUAUGGAACAACUAUCACGUAGUGAAGUAUUCCUUGGAUUUUGGCCCACUGGACAGCAGAGCAGGGCAGGCUCACCACGGGCAAGUUUCCUAUAUUGCCCCACCGAUCCACCUCGAUUCUGAUCUGGAGCGACCACCAUCCAAGGGAGUAUCCACGUCAGGGGCACUGGGCCCGGGGAGCACCACUGCCAGCACCACGCCGCGGAUGGCCACCAGCAGCACUGGCCGCCCCACCACCACCUCCGCCUUGGGCAGGAGGAACAGGAGCACCAGCACGCCGUCGCCCAUGGCUGACGUCCCUGACGAAAUGACCACACACCUGCCGCCUGCCUCCUCCCAGCUGCCCCCAGUGGGUGCAGAGAGCUGCGACCCCAUGGAAGCUCGUGAUAUUAUGUGGUCUCGUACCCGGCAGGGGCAGGUGGCAAAGCAACCGUGUCCCAUGGGCUCGAUAGGUGUUGCAACUUUCCGGUGUCUUGCACCAGAUGGGAUCUGGGAGCCCCAAGGACCAGACCUCAGCAACUGCUCUUCUCCCUGGAUCAACCACAUCACUCAGAAGAUGAAGUCGGGAGAGAUGGCUGCCAAUAUCGCCCGAGAACUUGCGGAGCACACGAAAAACCACUUGUACGCUGGUGAUAUCACGUACUCCGUGUCUGCCAUGGUCCAGCUGGUCAACUUGCUUGAUGUGCAGCUCCGAAACCUGACUCCAGGCGGGAAGGACAGCGCUGCACGCAGCUUAAAUAAGCUUCAGAAAAGGGAGCGCUCUUGCAGGGCCUAUGUCCAGGCCAUGGUGGAGACGGUGAACAACCUCCUGCAGCCACAGGCUCUGAAUGCAUGGAGGGACCUGAACGCAAGUGAACAGCAGCGCGCAGCCACCAAGUUACUCGACACCGUGGAGGACAGUGCCUUUGUGCUGGCCGAUAACCUGCUGAAGACAGACAUCGUCCGGGAAAACACCGACAAUAUCCAGCUGGAAGUUGCAAGACUGAGCACAGAUGGGAAUCUGGAAGAUCUUAAGUUUCCCCAGAACAUGGGCCAUGGUAGCGCCAUUCAACUGUCAGCAAAUACCUUGAAACAAAAUGGUCGAAAUGGUGAAAUCAGGGUGGCCUUUGUGCUGUACAACAACCUGGGCACCUAUCUCUCCACGGAGAAUGCCAGCAUGAAAUUAGGAACAGAAGCAAUGUCGACUAAUCACUCCGUCAUUGUCAACUCACCUGUCAUCACGGCAGCAAUAAACAAAGAGUUCAGCAAUAAGGUUUACCUAGCUGAUCCCGUGGUGUUUACUGUCAAGCAUAUCAAGCAGUCAGAAGAAAAUUUCAAUCCAAACUGUUCAUUCUGGAGCUAUACCAAGCGUACAAUGACAGGGUAUUGGUCCACCCAAGGAUGUCGCCUCCUGACAACUAACAAGACACACACCACGUGCUCAUGUAAUCACCUAACCAACUUCGCAGUCCUGAUGGCACACGUGGAAGUUAAGCACAGUGAUGCAGUACAUGACCUGCUCCUGGACUUUAUCACGUGGGUUGGCAUCCUGCUGUCACUCGUCUGCCUCCUGAUCUGCAUCUUCACCUUCUGCUUCUUCCGUGGGCUGCAGAGUGACCGCAACACGAUUCACAAGAACUUGUGCAUCAGCCUCUUUGUAGCAGAACUCCUCUUCCUCAUUGGCAUCAACCGGACUGACCAGCCGAUCGCUUGUGCUGUCUUUGCUGCCCUCCUGCACUUCUUCUUCCUGGCGGCUUUCACCUGGAUGUUCCUGGAGGGGGUGCAGCUCUACAUCAUGCUGGUGGAGGUUUUUGAGAGUGAACACUCCCGGAGGAAGUACUUCUAUUUGGUUGGCUACGGCAUGCCUGCACUGAUCGUGGCUGUGUCAGCAGCAGUGGACUACCGGAGCUAUGGCACAGACAAAGUAUGUUGGCUCCGACUUGACACCUACUUCAUUUGGAGCUUUAUAGGACCAGCGACCUUGAUAAUUAUGCUUAAUGUAAUCUUCCUUGGGAUUGCUCUCUAUAAAAUGUUUCAUCAUACUGCCAUACUGAAACCCGAAUCUGGAUGUCUUGACAAUAUCAAGUCCUGGGUUAUAGGUGCAAUAGCUCUACUCUGCCUAUUAGGACUGACCUGGGCGUUUGGACUCAUGUAUAUUAAUGAAAGCACAGUCAUCAUGGCGUAUCUCUUCACCAUAUUCAAUUCUCUGCAGGGAAUGUUUAUAUUCAUUUUCCAUUGUGUCCUCCAGAAAAAGGUACGUAAAGAGUAUGGAAAAUGCCUGCGUACGCAUUGCUGUAGUGGGAAAAGUACAGAGAGCUCUAUUGGCUCAGGAAAAACCUCGGGGUCACGGACACCUGGAAGAUAUUCCACAGGCUCACAGAGCCGGAUUCGUAGGAUGUGGAAUGACACAGUUCGAAAGCAGUCCGAGUCUUCCUUUAUUACUGGAGAUAUAAACAGUUCAGCUUCACUCAACAGAGAGGGGCUUCUGAACAAUGCCAGGGAUACAAGUGUCACGGAUACUCUACCACUGAAUGGUAAUCACGGCAACAGCUACAGCAUCGCCAGCGGCGAGUACCUCAGCAACUGCGUGCAAAUCCUUGACCGCGGGUACAACCACACCGAGAACGCCCUUGAGAAAAAGAUCCUGAAGGAACUCACCUCCAACUACAUCCCUUCCUACCUGAACAACCACGAGCGCUCCAGCGAGCAGAGCCGCAACCUGAUGAACAAACUCGUCAACAGCGUGGGCGGCGGGAGCGAGGACGACGCCAUCGUGCUGGACGACGCCACCUCCUUCACCCACGAGGAGAGCCUGGGCCUGGAGCUCAUCCAUGAGGAGUCGGACGCCCCGCUGCUGCCCCCCCGGGUGUACUCGGCAGACAACCACCAGCCCCACCUCUACAGCCGGCGGCGCAUCCUGCAAGACAACAGCGAGAGCUUUUUCCCUUUGCUGACCAACGAGCACACGGACGACCUCCAGUCGCCCAACAGGGAUUCUCUGUACACCAGCAUGCCCACGCUGGCUGGCAUGCCCAUGACAGAGAGCGUCACCGCCAGCACCCAAACCGACCCCCCGCCAGCCAAAAGCGGUGAUGCCGAUGAUGUUUACUACAAAAGCAUGCCCAACCUAGGCUCCAGAAACCACGUCCAUCAGCUACACACGUACUACCAGCUAGGUCGAGGCAGCAGCGACGGUUUUAUAGUCCCGCCAAACAAAGAGGGAACUCCCCCGGACGGCAAUGCAAAAGGACCCGCUCACUUGGUCACUAGUCUAUAGAAGAUUAAGCAAAAAUUAAGCAAACAGACAACAAACAGCCCCUCCGUAACACUCGGUUUACUGUUCUGAGUUAAUACAAGCAGUGGUAAUAUUGUGUGUACUCCUAAAUCUUCAUGCUGUUCUAAACAAAAUGAAACUCUUGGACUUUUUUUACUGGAAUUUUUAGGCCAGCCCGGAAAAAACAAACAAACAAAAAAAAACAGGAACUGCUGCCCCCCCUCUUCCUCCCCAUCCUUCCUCCCUUCAGACAGACUUCAUUAUGUUAAUGAAAGAGAUAGGACAGAUAACGGCACACUUCGUGGCCUUCUCAAGUUAUGCUGUGUUUGUUUAAACAAUCCUUGAUGCUGUGUUGCUCUUAAUACUGAAGACCUGAUUUAAGAAAAAAAAAAAAAAAAAGCAAAGAAAAAAAAAGGCCAAAAAUGUGCAUUUGAAACUAGUAGAGAUGACGCAUCUAGGUGGGAGUGCUGCACAAAACAAACGAGCUAGCAAAGCUGUUUAUUACAAAUACAGAUCACGUAAUGGGUUUUGGUCACUCACAGCUCGGUUUGACCGCAGCACCCUUUGCUGUCGGAGCAAACCAAACAAAAAUUAAUGAGACGGAAGGGAAUCCUAGAAUUAUAUGCUAAACGCAUAUUUUACAUUUUGCUGUAUUAACUGAUGAUAAAAAACUAAUGGCAGAAAAAAGAGAAUCGAACAAUUUCUAUGUAAUGUACAGAUACUAGCAUUGCACAUAUAGUCUGCUUUCUGUUCCUCCAGAACUUGCGUCCCUGUUAAUGUAGUGGAAAAAAAAAAUAAGAACUUUUCUGUUGUGCUGGUCUUGUAAGUUUGUCUACCAGUAGGAGCAAGGUUUUUCAUAACUCCUAUUUUUCUUUUCUUUCCUUUUGCCUCUUCCCCUGCCCCUCCCAUCCCGGUAUAAAGUCUCACUGGGCCAAAAAAAAAAAAAAAUACGAACACCGCUUUCUAAGGACCAUUUUUAGUAACACGAUAACAGUUUCUUUCCAGCCAGGGGAGUCUUUUAUUUCCUUGCUGUGUCUCUCUCUUCAGCCGGUGUAUUGCUGGCAGACCUUUUGCAGAAUAGAGCAGGGCAAACUUUCUGUUUACAGUGCACAACCGAUCAUAACAGUAAUCCUGUGAAGCAUCUUUGGCAAGCAGCCCCUCACCCAGGCUGUAGGUUCGCAUCUAGAAGCCAAGAGGUUUUUGUAGUCAUAGCGGGGCUUCUGCAUGAGACGGCGACUUCCCCAUAGGAGUUCAAGGGCCUUCACGGCUCUGCCCGGUCCCCAGUUUAGGCACUUGUACUGCAGUGGUUACGAAGAAAACUGAUUGAUGCGUAGUGAUCUAAAAAGUACUUUUGCAGUGAUUUUUAAAGAAAAGAAGUCUUCUGUUCAUUAUUUCGCCUAACAGGAAAGUUAUUUAUUUGACAGGAUUUUAAAUAACAUAGGCUUUCCAGAGGUAAAUUAGCAGCACGGAGAAUAAUUUCUUUUUUUCUUUUUUUCUUUUCGCUUUUUUUUUUUUA